UUUUCCCCGAAUCGACAACUCACCGUCAGAAUGCCUUACUAUCCACUCCAAGUCACAUGCCUGGCGGUGAUAUGUGGCACACCUAUGCUCUCGGCCAUAUUUGUCUUUUUAAGGUUAUACACAAGACGGAAGCUCAAUUUGCGACUCGGAUGGGAUGACUGGCUGAUCGUGGUGCCACUGCUGUUUUCAAUAGCAUUAAUAGGUCCCUCCUGGAAACAUGUCAAAAUGUGGCAUGUCGGCAUUCACAUUUGGGAUGUUCUUCCGAACGAUAUCGAACCGAAUUACGAUGAAUACUACGGCGUCGUAAUGGCUUUCAAUCUCCUCAAUAUUCCAAUUUUACCACUGGUCAAGUGCUCGAUAAUACUCCUACUUCUGCGGGCCGGAUCUGUCAUCGAAUGGCUGAAGAAGGUGCUCUACGGCAUUCUCAUAUUCACGGUCGGAAGCGCAUUGAUUCCAUGGUUCCUCUACAUAUUCAUUUGUCCGCCGCAGACCGGAAAUACUUGGAAACCGAGAACAUUUGGUGGAUUACACUGCAUGGGACGACACCGCAUGGGCGAGAUGCUUCUCUGGGUCACUUGUGCCAACCUCCUUACCGAUUUGCUCAUAUUUCCAAUUCCUUUCAUUAUCGUGAGGCGAAUGAUGAGCGCACGCCUACGAUCCAGAAUGGUGGUCCUAGCGGUUUUCACGACAAGCCUGGCCGUCACGGCUAUUGGCGGCGCCAAAAUCUACCUAUCCUAUCGCGACCGUCUCUACAGCAUCUUCAAGCCUGAUUGGACCUACCCGAUCGACUACUGCAUCAACCAUAUUGAGAAUAAUGUCGCGAUCAUCGUCGCAAACAUACCGAUUCUCCGCGGUCUUGUUACCCGCUGGGUCUUUAAUUUCAAGACUAAGGCAACGCCAAUAGAGCGUGAGUUUCGGAAUGAUUGGCAAUGGAGCUCCUCAAAUUCGUCGACGUUCACACGAGUGGCAAAGAGGAAUAGGAUCGCCCAGAAGAUCAUGCCAUGUAUCCAGGAAGAUUUCUCCUCCAGUCUCGCCCGAUCGAGAGACAUUCGAGAUCCGGAAAAACCGGUCCGAAUCGUUACCACAGACUACCGCAAGAACCGUUCGCAAUACAAGUCACGUAAUUCACGGCGGAAUAGUCUUGAUAGAUAUGAUACCGCGGACAGUUGCGAGAAGGGCGACAUGUUAGAGACGGUGAGGAGCAUGGGGAGCUUGGGGUCAGCACCAACGCUGGUGGAGAGCAAAGAGCUAGAGUGGAAGCUUGCGGAGGGCAGUCCGAUGUCGAGUCCCAGGAGGAUGUCAAGUCCGACAUUAAGCCCCAUUACGCCCAUGACGCCGUGCUUGCUGAGAGGGAUUGAAGAUGAUGAUGAAAUAUACCCAUAUCCUUGA